AAAGUCUCAUCAUUCAGAGGAGAAACCAACAACUAGUAAAACAGUCUCAACUUCCCGAAAAGUACAAAAGUCCUCCAUCCAAAAAAAGUCUCAAUUUCCCCAAAAGCAACCUCUUCCUUCUUCUACUUGGACCCAGCAUCCACCUCCCCCGACGACAAGUGAGCAUCUUUUUGGUGGCAAUGAAGAAGAGUUUCUCCCCAUUUCUCCUGCACCUGGGGUUUCUUCUCGUGGGAACCGUCCUCCUCGCCAGUCUCGGCGCGGUCGGAGGCGAAGCUUUGGAACAGCGGAGAGAAAUUUCCGAACGCAGAAAUUUUAUCCGUCUCGCCAGAACCAUACAAGGCAGCGAGAAGGAAGGUGAAAGCAGAUUUUCUCUGGGUGACAGCAACCGUCAACGACUUGUCAGGGACGAGCGGAAUGAUGGGAGACGACUCGUGAGGAGUGAGGAGAGACGAUUGGUCAGAGAAGACGGUGACCGACGACUGGUCCGUGACGACAACAAUCGACGACUCGUAAGGAGCGAAGAAAGACGAUUGGUCCGUGACGACGGUGACCGGCAAGAAGCCCGCCGACUUGUCCGUGACGACAACAAUCGACGAGCUGUCAGGAGCGAGGAGAGGCGAUUGGUCCGUGAAGACGGUAACAGCGACAGACGCCAAGAAGCGCGACGACUUGUACGUGACGACGACAAUCGACGCCUUGUGAGGAGUGAGGAGAGACGAUUGGUCCGCGACGAGAGCACCGACCGGCGCCAAGAAGCCCGCCGAUUGGUCCGUGACGACAAUAACCGACGACUCGUAAGGAGUGAAGAAAGGCGAUUGGUCCGUGACGACGGUAACCGACAGGAAUCCCGCCGCCUGGUCCGUGACGACAAUAACCGACGACUCGUGAGGAGCGAGGAGAGGCGAUUAGUCCGCGAUGAGAGCGCCGAACGACGACAAGAUGCCAGGCGACUCGUCAGGAGCGAGGAACGACGACUUGUUCGUGAAGACGGUAAUGAACGACGCCAAGAAGCCCGCCGUCUGGUUCGCGAUGAGAGCAGCGAACGACGACAGGAUUCCAGGAGACUCGUCCGUGACGAUAACGAACGACGACAAGAUUCGAGACGCCUUGUUCGCGACGAGAAUAACAGACGCCUCGUGAGGAGUGAAGAAAGGCGGCUGGACGGAGACCGACAAGAAGCCCGCCGACUGGUCCGUGACGACAACAAUCGACGCGUUGUAAAGAGCGAGGAGAGGCGAUUAGAGGGCAGCGAACGACGACAAGAAGCCCGCCGAUUGGUCCGCGAUGAGAGCAGCGAACGACGACAAGAUUCCAGGAGACUCGUCCGUGACGAAAAUAACCGACGACUGGUACGAGAUGACAAUGAGCGACGAACCGAUGCCCGACGAUCAGUUCGAGACGAGAAUAACAGGAGAUUAGUUAGGAGCGAGGAACGACGACUUGUUCGUGAAGACGGUAACGAACGACGACAAGAAGCCCGACGAUUGGUUCGCGAUGAGAGCAGCGAACGACGACAAGAUUCCAGAAGACUCGUCCAUGACGAUAGCGAACGACGACAAGAUUCGAGACGCCUUGUUCGCGACGAGAACAACAGACGCGUCGUGCGAAGCGAGGAGCGACGACUUGUCCGUGAAGACGGUAACACCGAGCGACGUCAAGAUGCCCGUCGACUUGCUGACGAGAAUACGAGACGCCAAGAAUCACGACGACUCGUCCGAGAGGAUAAAACCUUCCGCACUGACGCCCUCGAGUCUGUUCGACUGUCUGAAAAAGAAGGGUCCCGAAUUGGUGACGAGUUGAGACGCACAGUUGCACUUCUGGCCCCAAAGAACGCAGAUGACCGCCGAUCCUGGGCCACGAGAGAUCUUCCCAUUGGCAAAGAUGUGUUUAUUGGCGUCGAGGAGAAAGUUGCGGGUCUGGGAGGAUGGAGUGACCAGUGGUCCAGCCUCGUCUUUGGUGGGGCUGCCCUCCUCAUGCUCCACGCCAACGGUGGUGCCGGCAAGAAGUUAGCCGUCGACUAAACCAAAACCACUCAUCAUUUGUCCCCAAACUAUAAAAAUAUUGAUUUUAAUGUGUGUUUUAAAUUCCCAAAAAAGUCUCAAUUGUGUAGCCAGCCAUUAACUGUUAAGCAUUUAAAUUCUAAUUAUUCUAAUAAUAGUGAGUGAUUAGAAAUCACAAAAUACGAACUGUGUUGUAUUUUAGAAUAGGAGAGCAGUUUUAAUUCUGCAAGAAAUUGACAUGCAAAAUUUUCAUGUUUAGAAAAUUCAAUGGGAAGAUUAUAUUUCCUAGUUAAAUAAGGCACAUGCCAUUUACUUUCUUCAAGUAAAGCUCUCUGUUGAUUUAUUGAAUUAAAUAAUAAUCACUAAUAAGUUAAAGUUCUCUAGUUUUGUCAAACUAUGUACUCAAAUCAUGGAGAUAAAUAGACAAAAACUAAAAGUAGCUGAACAAAGACAACGAAUUCUAAAUAUUCGAAAUUAUUACUUUAGAAUUAUUAAUCCAGAAUUAAAUAUACUAAUUACGUAUGCAAAUGUACACUAUUCAUUUAACUCAGAAAUAUAGAAACCUAUGUGUAACUCUAACCUGUCAAUUAGUUAGUAAACUAGCCAACCAGCUUGAUUCACAAUGUGUCACAAACGGUUGGUUAGUCCCCAGACCUAUUGAGAAUAAAUUAUUAAAUGUUGCAGCAUAUAAAAUAAA